CUUCUCUUCUCUUCUUCCCCUUCACUCUUCGACAGUGCCUGACCCCGUCCGUUCGAUCAUGCAGCAGCGACAGCAGCAGCAGUACACGUCCGUCGAACCAUGGCGUAUUAUCCAUAUCCACUCAGUCUCGAUCCGCUGCCCUCCCACCUCCGGCCCGGGCUCAUCGUGAUCUCCGUUCUCGCCCUCCUCUCCCUCUUCGGUACCGUCGCCGCCGCCUCGUUCAUCGUCUACCGCCUCUUCAACCGCAAACGCUACCAAGCCGCCCCGCUCCGCUACAACCAAUCCCUCAUCCUGAUCCUGAACCUCCUCAUCGCCGACAUCCAGCAGGCCCUGUCCUUUGCCUUCUCGCUGCACUGGAUUAGGAACAAUGCCAUCCUUGCGCCCACCGGAAUCUGCAAUGCCCAGGGCUGGCUGGUGCAGAUUGGUGAUGUGUCGAGUGGCCUCUUCUCGCUCGCAAUCGCCCUCCAGACCUUCUACAUCAUCGUGCUCCAGAGGAAGCUCGAGUACAGGACUUUCCUCUGGUGCGUCGGUGGCAUCUGGGCCUUCUGUCUGACCGUCUCACUCGUAAGCCCGUUAAUGCACUUGGGCGAACAGCUCUUUGUCAGCGCGGGUGCGUGGUGCUGGAUCUCGGAUAAGUACCAUGACGAGCGCCUUCUUGUCCAUUACCUCUGGAUCUUUAUCUGUGAAUUUGGACAGUUGCUCCUCUACGCUAUCAUCUCAAUCUUCCUGCGUCGCAAUGCCACCCUGGCCCAAGUCUCGGGCGUGCAAACGCGCACCAUCCAGCGCGUGGCGCGACUGAUGCUCGUCUACCCGAUAGCUUACACCUGCUUGACGCUCCCCCUCGCCGCCUUCCGCAUGGCCUCCCACUCGCGAAACCGACCCCCGGACAGCGUGCUCCUCUUCGCGGGCGCCUGCAUGGCCUCCUGCGGCUGGGUCGACGUGCUCCUCUACCUCGUGACGCGGCGCACCAUCGUCAGUCUACAGCAACACUCGAUGGUAUCCCGCAACACGGGGAGCGAAGGGGGCGGAGCAGCGGGGAAUGACAUUCAGCUGUCGCGGGGCGCGACCAUGUACGGCCCUGGAACCGUCAUCAAUGCGGGAAACGGCGAGAGUGAUUCCCGGGCAAGCUCGCAGGAGGGCUUCGUCAAGAUGCAGCAGGAGGUGCAGGUCCUGUUUGAGGACGCCCUGAGCCCGAGGGCGGCGGCCGCCGGAGAGGGUCUGCCCAUGGGGAACUCGGUCAAUGUUUCCAUUGGGAGGUGAUUUUGCUCAAGUAUCGUCUGCGUAUGUAUGUACACUUGUGCUGUUGUGUUGUCUUGGGUCGCAAUUGAUUGGGAGUACGGUACGGAUCUGGAGUUGUAUGUGUCACGAUU